AUGUCUGGCAAUCAAACGCCCGAGCAAACACUCGCCACACUUGACGUUAUGAUAUCUCGCAUGCAGGGCCUGAAACGGAAGAUGGAAAAUUUACAGCAAGAAGAGAAGAAAAUUCACCACCAGUCGAGGAAGCGCAUACAGCAUCUAAAUCAACUCUAUCAAAUCCCUAGCUUGACUGACGUCAAGUAUGAUCAGUGGUCAAGAGUUCGACUGGACAGGCUCGUGAUUGACCAUAUGCUGCGAUCUGGAUACUCGGAGAGUGCCCAGCGGCUUGCCAGAGCAAAGAACAUAGAGGAGCUUGUGGAUCUUAACGUCUUUGUACAGUGUCAGCGGAUCGCCGAGAGUCUCCGCAAUGGUGAAACUAAGGAUGCUCUACAGUGGUGUAACGAGAAUAAAGCUGCCUUAAAGAAGAGUCAAUACAAUUUGGAGUUCGAGUUACGACUGCAACAGUACAUUGAGAUGAUCAGAACGAGGGACAGGGCGAAAUUCGUGGAUGCAAUGGUGCAUGCAAGAAGGUACCUGGCACCGUAUGACGAAACUCAAUCAGCGGAGAUUCGUCGAGCUGCCGGCCUUCUUGCCUUUCCCCCGAACACAAGAGCCGAACCCUACAAGUCAAUGUAUGCCUCCGAACGGUGGGUGUACCUCUCUGAACUAUUUAUUCGCACGCAUCAUGAGCUCCUCUCAUUGCCUUCUCGGCCAUUGAUGCAUAUUGCGUUAUCAGCCGGCCUAUCUGCCCUAAAGACCCCUGCGUGUCAUUCAGCUUACACCUCUUCGAGCUCAAACUCUCAUUCGACCGCCACAUCUGUAUGUCCUAUAUGCUCAACGGAGUUGAAUGAGCUUGCUCGAAAUCUGCCGUACGCCAAUCAUACGAAGAGUUCCGUGGAAAACGACCCAGUAGUCUUGCCUAAUGGCAGGGUAUACGGUUUACAUCGUUUGUUAGACAUGAGCAAGAAGCUCAGCUCCCUCGAGGCAGGCAAAGUCAGAGAUCCCACAACCGGUGAGAUCUUCAAUGAGAGCGAAUUGAAGAAGGUGUACAUAAUGUAA